AUGUUCAGCCCAAAUCGACGAUCCUAUGGAUUUCGUCAAAUUACGUUCAAUUCUGAUCGAUAUAUAAUUACACAAGAAGAACAAGUCAAUUUCUUUUUCAUAAUUACUAGCGGGCAGGUUGUGGUCUCGAAAAAAUCAUCACCAGAUCAAGAAGUUGUAUUAAAAAUAUUAGGUGAAGGUGAUUAUUUCGGUGCAUUACCAAUCUUUUUUAAUAUUCCGUCUCAUGUAGCACUGAAAGCCAGGGAUCAGGUUACAUGUAUGAUGAUGGAUCGACAAACUUUUCAAGGUAUGGUUGCACCUGAAAUUAAAUCAAUUGAGCGCAUUACACAAGCAUAUUAUGAAUUUAUUCAUUCAGUUGAAAAAUAA